GUGCCGAUGGGCCUCCAGACAUCCUUGACGGGUUGUGGAUCGAUUUAAAUGUCUAAUGACGAAGACUUGCGCAUGGAAGUUGUCGCAGUUCGGAAAAAGGAGAUCUGACCAUUCGCAAAUUAGUUACCCUUUUAGGGCACCAAACGUUAGCGUGGUGGGGAGUCACGGGACGAUGGGUCUCAACGGUCGUUAGCGCCUCACUAGUACACAGUACCUCUUUCACUUCCCUUGAUCAAGACGCAUCUCUCCAGUCUGGAUGUCCAGCCUGAAUGGAUUCGUUCUCUCCUGUUGGUCAAAGGGAGAGAGAGAAUCCACCAACUCCGACGCUAUUGGCGGACUAGGCAAUCAACCACUCCACCUCCUAUAAAACAACAUUAUUAUAGAGUGAGACUAGCGGAAGGAUCAGCUGCAACGCUGAUUGUUCGGCGAGGGAAAAAAACCACGCGGUGUAACUCAACUAACGUGGAAUCGCAAUCGCACUCCGGUUUGAAGGAUGCCGUGUGGGGAAGAGUCCAACUGUCGCUGUGAACGAGGGAAAGUUUCAACGGUCGCAAGUUUAAGACUGUCAAAGCCCCUGUCUUUGUACUCUGCAUGCUUAAUUCCUGCGGUUAACGACCAUUUCUCUGUCCUCUUAAAGCGCAAGACUCCAGCCCAUUACAGAAACGAUGACCUCGUCGCAGGAUGAGCGGCAACAGCUGGCCGUUCCUGAGUUACAGAUACUAGCGAUGGAUCCUGUGCAGGUCGAUGAUGAGGUAUUUGAGGACUCGAUAUACAAUGGCUCGUUAAACUCGGCUAGUUUUGUUACAUCGUUGAACUCCAGUAUUCUCAAUUACAAAUACGAGAAUGGCCGUCGUUAUCAUGCAUUUCGAGAAGGAACUUAUCUAGUACCGAAUGAUGAGGAGGAGCAAGAUCGCAUGGACCUGGCCCAUCAUAUAUAUCGCUUACUCCUCGGAGGCGCUCUCUAUCUGGCUCCUAUUAAGAAUGAUGUCCAGCGGGCGCUGGAUCUGGGCACUGGAACCGGUAUCUGGGCAAUAGAUUUUGCAGAUGAGCAUCCGUCUGCGCAAGUUAUUGGAACGGACCUAAGUCCUAUACAACCUAGAUGGGUGCCACCAACUUGCUCAUUUGAGAUCGAUGACUUCGAAUGCGAUUGGUUGUAUACCAGGCCAUUUGACUUUAUACAUGCUCGUGAACUGGAGGGCUGUAUAGGCAACGAUGUCAAGUUCUUUAACCAAGCGUUCAAACACCUAGCUCCCGGAGGAUAUUUUGAAGUGCAAGCAGUCACGGCACCUUUUCUUUCCGAUGAUGAUACAUUAGACAAGGCCCCAAAUGCCAAGGCGUGGAUGGACAACCUUGUCAAGGGGUUACGGAAAUUUGGUAAGCCGGUUGAUAAUGUCAGCGGCUGGAAAGACAAGCUGAAGGAUGCUGGCUUCGUCGAUGUACACCAGGAGAUCCGCAAGCUCCCAAUUGGACCGUGGCCUAAGGACCCUAAGUUAAAGGAGAUCGGAAAAUACCAAGGUGUCCAAGAGCUUCAGGUCAUCGACUCUUACACUCCUGCUCUCUUCUCACGUAUUCUUGGGUGGAGCCACGAGGAGAUUCAAAUAUUAAUGGCCAAGGUCAAGCGUGAGUUGAGGGAUCCAUCCAUCCAUUUGUAUCUGCCAGUCUAUUUCAUUUAUGGAACAAAGCCUCUAUGAUUAUGAUGUACGAUUUCCCUUUUGUCAUUUUCUUUUUUUCGCUUUCAUUAAUCUCGUCUAUUUCUGGUUUUUCUUUUUCCUAUUUGGCUCGGUGUUUCAUCCCUUUUUUAUUCCUUUAGUGGUUCCAAUCAUGCACGCUUAUCUUCUGUUUUCUAUCAUGAUCAUCUUAUAUCGUGGCUGUGGGUGGGCAAACAGGCGUUAUAUGAACGAGUAACAAUUUCUUAUGAUACCGAUAUCA